AUGCUUGUACUCAACAGUUUUCGUCGGUUAAUCAACACUCAGUCGAUAUCAUUCCAACCAAGGAUUAGAAAAUUAUUUAUUCAAGUCCAAGAAACUCCCAAUCCUAACAGCUUAAAAUAUUUUCCUGGUAAACCUGUACUAGGUUCUGGUACUAGAGACUUUCCAUCUUGCACACAAUCCACGUCUUCCCCGUUGGCUAGACAGUUGUUUCGAAUCGAAGGCGUUGAACGAGUCUUCUUUGGUCCUGAUUUCAUCACGAUUACUAAGAAUGACGACUUCGAAUGGGCUGUAAUAAAACCUGAUGUAUAUGCGACUAUAAUGGAUUUCUACAGUUCUGGACAACCUGUUGUCAGUGAAGAAAAAGCACAAGACUUAAAUAAAACCUGUGAUGAAGAAGAUGAAACAGUAUUAAUGAUAAAAGAACUACUGGAUACCCGAAUAAGACCCACUGUUCAAGAAGACGGCGGUGAUAUUAUUUUCAAGGAUUUUAAAGAUGGUAUAGUGCGAUUAAAACUACAAGGAUCUUGCUCAAGUUGUCCUAGUUCCGUAGUUACUUUGAAAAAUGGUGUACAGAAUAUGCUUCAGUUUUAUAUACCAGACGUAUUAGGCGUCGAGCAAGUUGAAGAUGAAUUAGAUGCGGUAUCCAAAGAACAGUUUGACAAAUUAGAGCAGAACAUACAUAAUAAAGAGAAAAGUGAAUAA